CCUACCAUGGCACCCUCAGUAGCACUCAUCGCAAAUAACCUGCUCCACAAGCGAGAACAAAAUGGCUCGGGCAUCCAGGUCGAUUUACCUCCACUCGCCAUCAUCGUACUAGUCAUGGUGGGCGCCGGCUUCCUCAUCCUAAUGGCAUACGGUAUCGCACGAUUCGCAGGACCAAUGGAUAAACCGAUAAAAGAGACGUCUGCGGCACAACAUGAUUAUAUGCGCGAGGUACGGGCACGGAAUCUGGACGGGGUAAUGGCCGAGGGGCAUGCAGCUAGAUAUGGUCGAGCGUCUACACGGAUGGACGGGUCAAGUGUUGUGUCGGAAGAUCCUCGCCAUAGACGAUGA